CAACUCAUGUCUGUGCAUGGACGACAAACGUAGGAACGUAAUAAAUCGGUGUCUCCUAGGAAAUAUUAUUGAUGUCUUAGAAACUUCAGGACGAGCACUAUAUUCAUUAUGUUGAGUGUAUGAAAUAGAAGUAACGACGUGCAAUAAAGUAUACGUAAAAGAUGUUAUCAAGUACGGUCCAUUGUGGAACUCGGGAUGGCCAUGGAUGCUAAGGACUCGCGGGCUGAGGCAGCGCUGACGGAACGUAGCAACGAUGGCGGCGCUAAGUUCGCGCUCCAGUACGACAGGAGCAAGAGUCACGACGUCGGGUCGAGCGCAUUCAAGGGGGACACGGCGGGCGUGCGCCCGUGCGCCGUCAUAGGCCCCGACCGCGUCGUCCCGCCCUCGCGGGACGGCCCCAAGAAGGCCCCGGCCGAGCCAUGGCUCGCUCCCGACCCCGUCUACCGGCGCCUCCCUGACUACCCUUACAAGAUGCCUGACCACCAGGACCCCACUAGAAACAUAUCACCGAGACAAACAUUCCAAGAAAAUAUGCAGCGUAUUAUCAUGCCACCUGGAUAUAAUUCGACUAAACUGCAUGAAGACUCCCCGUUUGCAUCAAAGAAUACAAAAUUAAAUGUGCCCUCAGAGGUAAAGUAUUGUGAAGUGCCUUAUAAUAUUAAUCAAGUAGGUAGUGACCAAAAACAUAUUAGGAAUACUGAUCAUAGUGCAUCAAAUGUAAACCCAAUGCUUAUGAGAGGAGUUCCUCAUGGGUGGCCUACCAGUAGUGUACAUAUACGCCCACUGAGGACAUAUGGUGCUCCAGAAGUGCUGCCCUAUGCAGAUUAUGCUAACUGCACCGGUCCUCGGCCAGUGCUUACCAGGACUCAUGAAGAACCACUGUAUCCGGAUCCCUAUUACCAUGAGAGCAACAUCCGCUUCAAGCCAUAUCCCAACAUCAAGGAGAGAUACCCUCAGAGCAGGUAUGAAUAUCUAGGAAACUACCCAAGUCCUUACCAUCCCCCCAAUCCCUAUGCCCAUAAAUAUGAAUUACCAAAGACAAUGCCACCUCACUCAUAUCCUGGCUAUCCCCAAGUACCCAAAUAUACUGAAAGGAUACCUGAGCCUCUUAUGGAUGGUUACCAAAGGACCCUUAAUCAACAAGGCAAUUAUGGUGUUCCCAUGCGCAACCCUGUUAUUCAUUCUUCUUAUAGACCUGUUUCUGGGAACCACAUGCAAAGUAAAAUGAACUCAUACCCACCAGAUGGUCAACAUAAACCAGUUCCAAACAAGCUGCCUUAUGACCCAACAAGUAAGAUGUACCUUGAUUAUGAAACUCGUUCAAAGGUAUUGCCCAUGCCUGAUAAUUAUUAUCUUAAUGAGGUGCCUAGGCCAUAUCAUCCAAAAAAUACUAUUGUUGUACCAAAUUUUGCUUCUUCAAACAUGCAUGGAGUGAAUGCUCAUCCAUAUUAUAUUAAAGAAAAUAUGUCAUUAAAAAAUUAUGAAUACCCUCGAUAUAAAAACAUGGAUCCAAAUAUGAUCAAUCAUUCCCUAACAAAACUACCAGCUCAAUUUUCACCCAGUACCUUAGCAAUAUCACCGGCCGAUUCAAAUGCUAGCAAUGAAACAGCACUGACUCAUGGCACUUCUCAAGAAGACUGUGGUUAUGUAAGCCAAUCCUCAGUAACAAGUGUAAGAAGUAUAGAGAGUCUAAACAGAAUUCCUAUGGAUCCCUAUGGUAGAUAUGACUACAGAUAUGGUCCAAUAGUAAGAGCUUCCCCACCAACAAAACCAGAUCCCAGCAGUAAUCAAGGGUCAAAAUCGAAAAAAGAUAUAAGACAAUUUAUAUCAUCAUGGAGUGAAGGAGAUGAUGAAAAUGCUGAAAACAGUGCUAAGAGAGAUGGUGUUAAGAAUGUUACUGAUGAUAAGCAUGCUUUUAAUAAGCAAUAUGAAAGUGUUAACAAUCAGGAACAACUCUAUGUUCUUGGAUUAGUCAAUGUCCCAAGUGAAGAGCUCAGCAAAUAUGAACAUAUUCAGAAAGUAUCUAAAUUACCAGAAAAUAUCAAAGGCUAUAAUAGUCUUGAAUUGCUCAAUCAAUUUGAAGAAGCUAUAGAAUCUUCAAAUAUGGCCAGUGUUAAACCACCUACACCAAGGACAAUACAAAUGCCUUUGAAAAGUGUGCCACACAAACAUGAGCCAAUUCCUCGUCCUUUGUCACCUUUAGAUGUUGAAGCUAAAAUCAGUCAAUCUGUUAUACAUAAAGAAGUUGGCUGCAAUUUCGAAAUUAAGCCAUGUAGCCCCAAAAUGUUGAAUGUUGAGGUUGCUACACCCAUGCAGAUGCUCAAUGAAAGAGUUAUUGAAAAAGUGGCAAAUCCACAUAAUGUGAAGUCACAGUCAAUAUUACAAGCUGUCGAUGAAAAUUUAGAUCACACUUUAGGGAAACAAACAAUGAAAUGUCCCAUACCAAAUACAACAUCCAGCUGUAAAAUGAUAAACAGUCAACACCUACCUAAUUCACCUACCAUUGAUCACUUAAAAACAAGUUAUACAUUACACGAUUUAGAAAGUAAUUCAGGUGUAUGUUUGGCUUCUUUACCCAGGCUAGACACAGAUAUAGAAUUGAAUUUUCCUGAAGUAAAUCAACAAUUUAUUAACGCUAACAAAACAGAUUCUGUCAUAACUGCAUCUUUCCCAAAAGAUCUUCCUACUUUGGAUAUUGAACGGUCUGCUAUGGCUACAGAAUGUGAUAUCAAUUAUCAAUAUUCUCCUAAAACGGGAACUGAAACAGAUUUUUCCCGAUUGAGCAAAUACAGAAAAUUAAAAAGAUGUGUUCCAGAUGAGAAUGAUACAGCUUCAGCGAAAGUUCAAGCCACAAGAGUAGAUAGCGUAAUUAUAAAAAAUCCGGAUAACACAAGAAGCCUUGAAGAAACCAAUGAUAAUUCUGGUAAUGGUUUUAAAGAUGACCUUCAAGAAUUCGCUAUGAACUUAGUUUCUCAAACUAAACAUACAAAACUCCAACAUGAUGUGGAUAAAAUGUUUGACCCUUCCACCAAUACCGAUAGUUAUGAUGAUGUGAAAAAUAAGUUACCUGACACUUUAAUACAUCAGUCAAAUAAUUUAGUAAACAAACAGUUCAGUGUAAAUGAAGAAUCGAGUAGUAAUAAUGUUAUACGGCCACAAACUGAAGAUUGUAAUAUGCAUAAAGAUAUUUCUAAUCGAUAUUUAGAAAAGGCUGCUUUGGACAUUCCAAUGAAUCUGUCCCCACAGGCCAGACAUUCAUUGAUCGAAAUUGAUGAAGAAAUCAGAUAUACCGAUAAAGGUGGUAAAACCCCUGUUUUAGAAGAUAAGCAUCGUUUUGUUGGAGGAAAUAUUCACGGAAAGGAAAACAACGCCAGUGAAGUAAAAUGUAUUAGUAGUGGCCACUUAGAUAAACCCGACGACGUUUUAAUGAAUUUACAAAACGAUACAUCUGAUGAGCAACGUUGUAAUACUUAUGAAAAACCACUAACGAUUCCAAAUACCCAUAGCAAUCAUCUUACUACUGGAUUAGGCAAAAAAUGCGACUUACAGAAAAACGACCAAGAUUUAACAGUCUUGCAUGUAGAUAAUCAAAUAUCAAAUUCUCCAAAAAUGGAAAUUGAAAGUUCAGUUUCAUAUACCAAAAAUCAAACUUCAUACUCUCCAAAAAUGGAAACUGAAAUGAAUAAUUUAGUUUCACAUGCUAAUCAUAUUUCGUCUUCUCCAAAAAUAGAAACUGAAACAGAUAGUUCAAUUUCUCGUGACAAAACAGGUAAUUUAUUUUCUCCAAAAACAGAUACUGAAACAGACAAUGCAACAUCGCAUGAUAAAAACCAAAAUUCAUAUUCUGCAAAAAUUAAAACAGAAACAUAUAAUUCAGUUCCACACAUUCAAAAUCACACUUUCCACAUAACAACUGUAGACAGCGCUAUAGAGAAGACAAGUUUUUUUGAAGAUCAACAGGUUGCUUUAAAUGAGGAAGGAAAAGUUAAUUUAACCAGCACAAUAAACCAAACCCUUUCGGAAAAUAAAGAAGAACCAAAAACAUUGAGUAUUGGUGAAAUAAACCAAAAAAAUACACUUUUGUCAUCUCACGGAGAAAAUGAUAUCCUUUUAAAGCCAUAUCACAAAAAUCAUGACAGUAUAUCAUAUUUUCCCAAGUUAAAGAGAAAAAAAUUUAGAGGUGAGGCCACUCAUCGAAAAAGAAAUUACCAGAAUAAGCCUUUAGACAUUGACGAUCAUGUUCUGAAGACUGGGGAAAAACUCAAUGUAUUGUCUAUCCCAGAUAAAAAAGAACCUGCGGAACAAUUAACGCAUGAAAAAGCUCAGGAUAUCCCUGAAACCAUCAUAGAAAAUGAAAAGAAUAAAACACAAAUUGAUUCGAUGAGUUUAAUAACGGAGUUUAAUAAAGUCGACACGGACACGGACACGGAGUUUAAUAAAGAUAUGCCCACAGCAACUGCAACAAAUAAUGACGUUAUUGAAAACAUUUCGCAAAAUAUCCCAGACGAUAUAAAUAACAGUGUGCCAGUUUCAUCUUCGCCUAUCGAAGAUAAAUCUUUCGAAACAAUAUUCAAAACCGAGACGAAAGAACUACAAAAUGAUUUAUUUUUAGAUAUUGAUAAUGACACAAAAAAAUGUAAUGAAAAUUCUGAUUCGGCAACUAAUCUAAAUCCGGAUAAACUAGUAGUAUUAAACAAAAAUCAUAAAGUUAAUGCUUCAGAUAUUACCAGUGAUUUGAUUGAACCAGCAGAGUUUUUGACACAAGAAAACACGAAUAUAAAUAUUGAAGCAAAUAAAUUCAAUAUGAUAGAAAGGUCCUAUCAAGAUAAAAGUCAAUCUCACGAUAUUGAUACCUUGGUUAGUUCUGUUAUAAAAGAAAAAGCACUUGAAGAAUCGAGAAAAGAUCAUCUAAUGCAUACAGAUCAAUCUGUAGAACAAGGCGCAGAAUUAAAUGUAAAUACAAGUUUCGAAAAUGAAAAUAUAAAUAUUACCACUAACAUGCUGAAAAAAGAAUGCCAAUCAAAUAAUUUAGAAAUCAUUAAAUCUAAUAACGAAGAUAACCUCAUGUCAGAAUUCAAACAUGAUACUCAAAAUAAUAUUUCUCCAUACGAAACCAGAACUAAAAAUGUCUUGGUGUGUCAUGAAUUUGUACACAAAGAGCUUUUUUCGUCUCGUUUUCAAAAUUUACUUUUUUAUAAUGUAAAUUUCGACACCUGUCCUAAUAAUAGCGAAUACAAUGUAACUCAUGAACUACCUACCAAGAAUAAUAAUUCAUAUGAUCAUGUGGCCAGUAGUCCAAAAACUGACGAGGUUAAUGUAAAUAUAGAUAAUAAAGUUAGUAGUGAAGAAAAUAUUAGAGAACUGGAUUCUGCUGAUCGAAUAGAAACCAGAAACUUAGCUGAUAUGGCUGAGAAAUGUUUUAAUGUAAAUCUCGGUGUAGAAAUAUUUGACCAUACAACCGACGAAAAUAAGAUUAGUAGUGCUCAAAAAGACGAAUAUAAUAUUAACGAAAACCAUAUUCCGAAUGAUACAGAAAGUACAAUGCCAUCGUCAGAAUAUGAUAUAAAAAGUUUUGAUACAAAUAGAAUUAACAUUGUCGCAGAUAAUGAGCAUUUGGAACUGCAUAAUGUCAACGCAUCGGCGGAUAGUCCAGUUUCUAAGCCAGUGGAAGAAAUGGCUAAAUCAUGGGAAAAUGAUUUAGAAGAAUAUAAUGUUAAAUGCGUAUCAGAUACACAUUACACCAAUGAAGAUUGUAUUCAAAAAUCGGUGGACAAAAUCGAUUAUAAGUUCUCUGGCCUGGAUAUCGAUUAUGAAUCUGUCAAUUUUCAAAAUGACGACGACGAAAACGCAAAUACAGUCGUGGACGAUUCUGGUUAUAAAUCACCUUACCAAGAAAUGGACGAUGAAUGUGCUAAGAACUUGGAAAACAAUAAUGACGAUUCAGAUUUACAACUCAUUAACAAUGUCGAAAGUAAUGUUUGUGAUACAAAUAUUAUACUAAUUGAAAAUUCUAUUAGUGUAACGCCGGAACACUGUGAUGACUAUAAUAAAAUUGUUAGAUCUGUCGAGGAUGAAUUCGAUAAAAAAAUUGAGUCCUUCGUUGAACAUAUAAGUGCUCGACCACGUUUUGCCCUCAAGAGAUCUUUAUCUGACUCUGCCUUAAAUACAUAUGAUGAUGAUGUUGACGAGUGUCCACAAAAAAGAUGUGUGUUUCCCAAAAAACGGAAAAAAAUCUGUGACAUCACUAAAAUAGACGAAUCCCAUUUGUUGAACAUAAUUCAAAGUAGUAGAAGAAAUUCUGUGUCAACACUUAGCAAUGAAAAUUUCUCCUUUUGCAUACUGAUAGAUGAUCAUUGCAUUGUCUCUGAAGAAAAUUGUGACGAAAAUGAUAUGCAGUUUGAAAACAAUUUCUUAAACCAUUCCCUUAAAGACCCUGAAGUAGGUGAAAAAAAUGCGUCCCCAGCAUAUAAGUUAGAAGACCAGAACGAAAAUACUUCUGACACAUAUAUAAACAAAUAUGAUGAAGAAAAAAUUUGGGUCGAAGAUGUUGGCUGUGAAGAAACUAUUGAAACCGAGGAUAUCGCAGAAAAUAUCGUUAUUGGUGAACCUGGUUCCCCAAAGGAUUUAACAGAUUAUGAAUCUGAUGACGAAGACAUGGAUACUUUAAGUAAUGAAGACGCAAAUCACACGAGCAAAGUUAAACAUAUAUAUGGUGAUAAUAUGUGUACAAAUGAUGCUCAAUUAGUGGACGCGUUGUAUAAAACGCCUCAAAUGGACGUUAACAAAAAACUAAUGGAUAAAGAAUCUCAUGUAACAGAGAAAGCUAAUAGUAAAUAUUAUGAUAGCGAUUCAUUAGAAAUGUUAUUAGCUGAGCCUGUUUACAAUAUUCCUCGUACAGCCCCAGAGCCAAAUGUAAACUUGAAAAUUGAGAAAAACGAAAACUUGGAUAUCGAACAGAGAUCUGGUGCAGACUCAAUGAACAAAGAAAAUAUAGAUUCAAAGUGUUUAGAAGAUCCUUCACCUCUUGUAAGUGAUAUAAAAAAUAUUAUGACGAUUGACGCUCUCCCAAAAGAAGACGAUAUAGAAUCGAAAAAUAAUAUUAUGGCACCACCUGCUGAUAAUUGUGAUGAUGCUCAAGACGGUACAAUACACUCAUGUGAGUCAAGUUUAGACAAUGUUUUCUCUUACGUUGAUAAAAGGAAAAGUCCACACAAAAGUUCUAGUUCUCCUGAAGUUUCGUCUACUACAUCGGAAGAAAAGAAUUCGAGUAUAUUACUUAAAAUUUCUAACUUCAAAGGUUCGCGAGUAUCUGAAGUGAAAAACUUAAGUUCUCAUCUGGAAGAACACAAUAGUUGUAAGCAUACGACCAACGAAUAUUUCAAACCUGAUUACGGCCAUGGUACCACUUCAAAGCGACCAUUGCUCACCAAAGCUGCUCAAAAAUAUAUUCCUCCGCUAAGGGAGUCUAUUCCUGAUCUAAAAGUAAAAUUGGCUUUACCGCAACAAAGUCUACUGAAGUUGCAAAAAAACAAAGUAGCCAAAGACGAACCAAAGUAUAACACUCGGAAUAUUUAUAGUGAUAAAAACCAUAUUAAGCUAAAAAAAGAAAUUCCAAAGAAAAUUAAACCUAAAUUUGAAGAUGUUCUUAAAAAUAUUGAUGAAGCUCAGUUUCAAAUGCAAAAAGCAAAGAAUAAAAAAUCUAAAAAGUACAUUCCUAAGGUGGUCAUCAAAAAAUCGGAAAACGGUUCACAUUAUGCAAGUACUUGCACAAAAGAAGCGUUUAAUCCAGAUUUGACUGGGAGAAAAUGGCAACCAUGGGUAUUUAUUGAAAAAAAUAAAUUUAUUGACAACAUGGCACUCAGGAACAAGACAAGGGCUGUGUUCAGUCACAGAAAGAAGUCUUUUGUCUUAGCUGAGAAAUUUUGCAAGUACAGGUCAAUAAGUACUGCAAAAUUUGUCAUAUCUCAACCCAAGGUAAACGAAUUUUCUGCGGGAAAUCUAAAAUAUACCAUAAAAUUGAAACAUAGGUAGCUACUAAGGUAAGACUGUUCGGAACUGGUUUUUCAGGGUCUGCAUUACCAAUGCAGGCGCAUCCAAAAAUGGGCCCACCCUAAUUAACAUUCCUUCGAUUCCAAAUUAUUUUAUUUAGUUAGGAUGUUAACCAUUUAGUUCACUACCUUGUGACAAAGCCAAAUUUUCUACAGUGUGAUAUGAGAAAUAAAGUUAUUAUAGGUCCUGUCCUGUAUUAUAAUAAACUUAGAAGUGCAAUUUGAUCUGAUCUGUAAUUUGUUAAUGUGUUACAAAGUUUAUAAAAUUGUUUUUCUUAGUCAUUCCAUUUUAUAGCAGAAUUUAUAAAAAUAUAUAUAUCUGCACUUAGCACUUUAUAAUAAGCCAUAAUUUAGUAUUAAUUGUUUAUUUAUUGUCAUAAUUUAAUAUUGUUUUUGUUAAAAUAUAGUUAGUUAUAUGUAUAAAGGUUUAGGUUCGUUAAUAAAAUAGGGUAGGUACUGUUUAGUGUUGGAGGGAUUUGUUUUAUAAACAUUAAGUAACAGUGGCAUAUGAACCUUGAGGUUGCAAACAGAUAAUAAUCUGUAUGUCGGUACAUACAAAUGAAAUGAAAUGAAAUAUUUAUUUGUCAAUAAAAAUGGGUGCAGCCCUGGCAAUGUUGAAUUAUAAUUUUGAUUAUUUUUUAAUGUUAACACUACACGUGAAUUCGCACUUUUACUAUCUACUUGUUAUUUAAAAUAAUAAGUUACUGUUGAACGUAUUUAUAUUUUAAUUCCUACUAGUCCGUUGGACCCGUUUGCCGGCGGUACGACUAGAUAGCCUUAAUUUGCCAUGUAACUUUGAAUGCACCGUAUGGUUUAGUGCUAGGUUCUAUAAUACCAGGCCCCGUAGCCGAAUGGCAUUUCUGCGACGCAAAACGCCACCGAAACGCCGCAGAAAUGUAGUCUGGCUCUGUCGCGCCAAUAAGCAAGAGCGAUAGAGAUAGAUGGCUACGAAAGAUAUAAUAUUAUCGUGAGCGUUUGUGCAUUCGGCUACGCACAGCGAUGGGUAUUUGGGUAUACUACUUACUGCCGGCAAACGUGUUACCUAUGUGAUGAAACGGGCUCGCAGAUUGGUUAAAACGGGGUUCGAAAUUUAUAUAUACGGGUCAUUUUAAUGAGACACCUGGGUAAACAAAUAAUUAACUAUAAGAUUGGUUGAUUGUGAAUGAAAUGCGAACCUAUCUACUGUAAAUAAAAAUUAGGAUGUAAUUAUUUAUAUGACCAAACAACCGUUUUUGAUAUGGUUAACAAUUGCUCACGUAAAUUAUAAGCACCGUUUUAAUAUUUAUGUAUUGCGAGAAAUAGGUGUUAAAUACUUUAGGCUCAAGUACAAAGAGUGCGUACUGCUGUUAUUGAUGUCCUAUUCUGUAAUGUGUAUUUAUAAACAUUAGGCUUGUUGUCGUUUAAUGUUGUCUGCGAUGUUGUUUCUAACGUUGCAACGCGUUGUGGUACAAUGGCAUAGUGUAAUGAACAUUCAGUGUGUAAUGAGCAGAACCAAUACUCAGACGUUAUAUGUAUAAUAUAUAUAUUGUAAAAUGAACUACUUUUUAUGUAUAAUAUUUUUAUAUUGCUCUGUUUUACGCUCUUUGACUUGCGAUGUUACGGGCGGUGUAUUUAAAAUGUGAUGGGAAUUGCUUGACCCAUAAUUUCCUAAUGUUGUCCUUAUUAGAAUCAAGUGCCUGAUAUAUUUAGUUUGCGUUGCAGUAACGUAAAAAUGUAUAUUAUAUAUUUUGAAACUACCUUACACUCGCAUACAUAUGCUACAGUGCCUUUAACGUUUGAGCUAAAAUUUUACACCACCGUAAAAUGCGGAGUACCUAUCUAAUAUUGUAAUGUAAUGUCAGAGUGCAUACUGUAUUCUACAUCACUGUCAUUUCAGAAAAUGGUGUAUUUUUACUGAUCUCAUAAUCAAGGCACUCGCCAUUAAACGUUUUAGCCUGAUUGUGCCUAAACUGUAUUAAAAUAAAAUAAUACACUAUUUUUAUAAUAUGUACAGGGUGUUAAAUAUAUACCAAAUAACGUGCUUUUAUUAGUCCUGCAUACAUGUAGUAGCAAACGCCGUCUCGUAUAUUGUAGAAAUUAGUUGUUAAUUAAUGUAAUUUAAAAUUAAUUUUCCUUGUAUUGAGUGAGUGAUGCUCAUAAUUGUAGUGGUUUGAAACGGUUUUAUAUAUUAUACAUAUAUUUAUAAUAACAUAUUAUAGGCUAAAUGUUGCAUAACUGGGGUAAUUUUAUGAAUACCUACUUACGAAAUGUACAAAAUAAAUAAGGAUGGGUAUGAAUGAUGUGCUGUAGAUAAAAACCUGCAUAAUUUACAAGAUGUUUUGAUUGUUUUGAGGCUGUUCUGUUUAAAAGCAAAUUCAUGGUUCCUGUGGGACAGCCCGACUGAUUACGCAUGUUCGUUCUUUUACUGUUUUUUAAUUAAUAUGUUGCGUAUGUUGUUGGUUUUUUGUAUAUUUUAUUUCUAUAAGUAUCCUUAAAUAAUAUUUGUAGUUUCGCACUAUUGAGUGGACUGUUUGAGAGUUUUAUUUUACAGCACUGUUGGUAAUUGUUAUAUUUUAAGCGAUAGUAAGUUUUAUUGUAUUGAGGGUUAUGGAAUAAGUUAUAAGAGAUCGUAAAAUAUUUGUUUUGCGUUUAAUGUUAAAUGCAUAUCGUUUAAUGCCAGUAACGCACGUGAUAGUGUUUCGUGAUAGAUGUAAACCAAAAGGCGCGCGCGCGCUCCGCGGGCGGUCUAUCGCAGCGAGCGGCGCGCUAUUUGUUAAAGGGAAUAUUAAGUUUUCGAGUGAAACCUAGUUUUGAGAAUUGUUCUAAUAUUGACCAAAUAAAUGUGUUCUAAAUAAAAA